ACGUUUUAACUGGGCUAGAUGGGUACUAUGGCUGCGUCUCCAUUCCCUGACUAGUAUGUGCGGCCACGAAGCUGAAGUGGCGGUUAGCCUGCUAACCUCAGCGCCAUCCAUGUAGUGGAGAAGCUAGCUACACAAAACGCACAGCUUGCCUUCCGCCGACGUGCACUUCCCCCACUCUCCCUCCAGCCGGCUAGCCGCAGCGUUAGUCCGGUACAUAAAAUGAAGCGACCAUCAGCAUUACGGGAAGCAGUGUGGCUCUUUGGAUUUUGCUGAUGUAUGAAGAGACAAUAUUAUUUCCGUAAGAUCUCUGUCAAGGAGAUCAGAAUCAGCUUGGGGGAUGGACGAGCAGAAAUCAAACUGCGAAGAGAGCGAGUCUGAGCCAACAGCUGAUGAUAAAGCUUCUGCUCCACAACGCGUCUCCUCUGAUGGAGAGUCCCAAGCUGUUCUUGCUGCCGAGGAUGUCUCUGGUGCUACUGCAGCCUCUUCAAGCACACCUAUAACCAGUGCGAGGGCUUGUGCUCUUUGCAACUGUGUGGAGCGCAGCCUUCAUGGACAACGGGAACUGAGACAUUUUCGGCCAACUUCAGAACGACCAGCUCUCCAGCCAUCAUCGUUUCCUCUUCCCCAGCCUGGAAAUGAUGAAUUGUCUUCCAUUGGAUUUUUGGACAUCCCCUGUGUGGCAUCACUCUUUGAUGACUCAGGGGGUUGUUGGGUUCAUCACUGGUGUGCGGUGUGGUCGGAAGGAGUGAAACAAAUGGAUGACGACGAGUUGGAGAAUGUGGAUAAGGCUGUUAUCUCAGGGACGCAGCGGCUUUGUGAAUACUGCAAAAGGCUGGGUGCAACCAUUCGUUGUCAUACUGUGGGCUGUUCAACGUUUUACCACUUUCCUUGCGCGGCAGCCAGUGGAUCCUUCCAAUCCAUGAAGCAGUUGGCCCUUCUUUGUCCACAGCACAUAGACAAGGCGGAAGAGCUGGCCGGCGAAGAAGCUUGGUGUGCAGUGUGCGACUCAGUGGGAGAGCUCGCAGACUUGUUGUUCUGCACGGGUUGUGGUCUACAUUAUCAUGCAGCCUGUUUAGAGAUAGGGGCCACGCCCAUUCAGCGAGCGGGAUGGCAGUGCCCGGAGUGUAAAGUGUGCCAGACUUGCAGACAACCAGGUGAAGACUCUAAAAUGUUAGUGUGUGAUGCCUGUGAUAAGGGCUACCACACCUUCUGUCUCCAGCCAGCCAUGGAUUCUCUCCCCUCAGAUCCAUGGAAAUGCAGAAGGUGCCGUGUAUGUAUGGAGUGUGGGAUCCGUGGUCUCGUGGUGCCAGGUUUGGCUCAGUGGUUUGACAACUAUGCUGUGUGUGAGGCCUGCCAGUGUCAGCGCGGCUCGGUGUGUGCCGUCUGCAGGAAAGCUGCAAACCCAUCUGUUGCUCUUCAGUGCUGCAGCCUAUGCCACAGGUGGGUGCAUAUUGAGUGUGCUUUACCAGGUGAGCUCCCAGAAGUCAAGAGCAUAUGCCUGCUAUGUAAGAAGGAUCAUCAUCAGCAGCAGGAGCGUCUCACUGAGGCGUACACAGCAGAGACACAAACCACAGAGACAGCUGAUGAGACUGAAGGACGGAUACAGUUGGUGGAGAUGACAAUCCAAACGGGCAUGAUGACAGAAGAGCAGGUGGAUGUAUCCGAGGCGACACAAGGCCAGGGAGGGACAUCAGAGAUGGCUUUGGCAGAAGAGGCUGAAGAAGCGACACCCAUGGACCUAGGUGCGGAGACAACAAAUGUAGGUGACAAAACCUCGGAGGAGCUGAAGAUGGACAAAGAAUGCACUUCAGAGGGGCCUAAUGCUUUCUUUGAGUCUCCAGAUGGAGAGUGCUCAGCAGAACAAGGUGCCUCUUGUCUACCUGGUGAUGAUAGGAGAGCCGGAAAGCCAGUCAGCCAGGUGAUCCAAGCGGACUCUCUCCAGGAUUCCAUUGCUGAGAGACGUUCUCAAAUUCCUAAAGUAGAAGCCGUGCAGGAGGGCCUUGAAAAUAUGGUGGUUAAACCUGCAUCAGCAGAGUUGUUAAAUUCCGUUUCCCAACCAUUCAGUAAGAUUCUGGCAAAGUUCUCACAUUCUCAAGCAUCUGUGGUGAAACAAAAGCAUGCAGCGCUCUCUGAUGAGCAGGACACACGGUCAUGCCAGGAGCUCCAGUCAUCAUUUCAUCUUUCUUUGUCACCUGUCACUCAAAAAGAGUGCUUCACUGCCAACUUGGAGGAGAGGCUGCUUCCUCACUCUGAAGAGGAGGAUGAUGAAGACGACGACGAGCAGAUGAAAGAAGAAGGGCAUGAUUUGGAGAUAAAGCAGGAGCAGCACGAGCAUCAGAUUAAGUCGGAGUCACUGCUGGAUGAGUUGUCCAACAUGAGCCAUGGAGAUGAGAGUAGCAGUGGCUUCUUGGGCUCUCCUGGAGAACCGGAUCAUCAACUCUCCAUGGACCUUGGCCUUCACUCCACUGGCCGCUCUCAUGUGGACAACAUGCUCACGGAAACCGAUGACUCGCUUCCCUUUGAACCCUUCCGAAGUGACGGAGAGAAGGUGAAACGCAGAGGAUCCCCUGGCCGCUCACGGGUAAAACAGGGGCGAAGCAAUAGUUUCCCCGGGAAGCGUCGACCCCGAGGAGGCGGUGGAGGGAGAGGGCGUGGUGGGAGGUCCCGCCUCAAAGCCAUGGCCUCUUGCAUCGAUGCUUUCUUGCUAAGCAUGACCACAGACUCUGGAAUAAGUAAGGAGGAGGAGGAUGAGGAGGAUGACACUAUGCAGAACACAGUCGUUCUUUUCUCAAACACUGAUAAAUUUGUUCUGCUCCAGGAUAUGUGUGUGGUGUGUGGCAGUUUUGGAAAGGGUGCCGAGGGACAGUUAUUAGCUUGUGCGCAGUGUGCCCAGUGUUACCAUCCUUACUGCGUGAACAGCAAGAUCACAAAGACGAUGCUCCGCAAGGGCUGGCGCUGUUUGGAAUGCAUCGUGUGUGAAGUAUGUGGAAAGGCUUCAGACCCCUCCCGCCUGCUGCUGUGUGAUGACUGUGAUGUCAGCUAUCACACCUACUGCUUGGACCCGCCCCUGCACACAGUACCCAAGGGUGGUUGGAAAUGCAAAUGGUGUGUGUGCUGUGUACAGUGUGGCUCCAACUCCCCAGGUUUCCACUGUGAGUGGCAGAACAACUACACUCACUGUGGCCCCUGUGCCAGCCUCGUCACUUGUCCAGUAUGCCGUGAGAACUUCAUGGAGGAGGAGCUGCUCCUGCAGUGUCAGCACUGUGAUCGAUGGGUCCAUGCUGUCUGUGAGAGUUUAUACACCGAGGAUGAAGUGGAACAAGCGUCCGAUGAAGGCUUUGCGUGUACAUCCUGCAGCCCAUAUGUUCCCAAACCUGUUGUCGAGUCGGCCAUUAUGGCUUCAAUAAAGAUCAAGGAGCCAGAGCCUCAGUUCUACCGGUUAGAGGGUGUGUGGCUGACCGAGUCGGGAAUGUCCCUGCUUCGAACCAUAUCCAUGUCUCCCCUACUCAAGCGACGUCAGCGCCGCUCCCGUCUUGGCACCUUGUGCUGCGAUGGAAUGGAUGUGAGGGAGGAAGGAGAAGGGGAAGAGGGAAAAGUCUGCGGGGAGUCCAUGGAUUGUGACACGAAGAUGGAGAACUCUGGGAGCCCCGACAGAGAAGGCGGUGUUGACGGAGGGGCUGAUGGCGUGGCUGAAUGCGAGGGUCUCAAAGGGGGGGCAGAGGAUAUAGAAGAUGGUAAAAAACGAAAACGUAAACCUUACAGACCCGGAAUUGGAGGCUUCAUGGUGCGACAACGAAAGUGUCACACACGAUUGAAAAAAGAAUUUUUUGCCCAACUUGCUGGAGAAACUACAUUAGAUGGACAGCCAAUAGAGAGAACCAUCGAAGAAGGACCUCAUCCUGACACCGAUAACAUCAUGGAUCCUAAACCAUUGGAGGGUGAAGAACAGGCCAAGAAGCGUCGGGGACGGAAAAAGAGCAAACUUGAGGACAUGUUUCCAGCAUAUCUUCAGGAAGCUUUCUUCGGAAAGACACUUAUAGACUUGAGCAAGAAGGCUGUAAUGACACUCCCCGGACAGAGACAAGCCGCUUGCCUUCUUCGACCCUCAUUACCAGCACCAUCAAGUGUCAAAAUGACUUCUCCGGAGACUGAGGCCAAGGAUCAUAUGAUGGAUCAUCUCAAGCAAGAGGGGCGUCAGGCCCCCAAUCCUCAGGGAGACUGUACAGCAGUCUUUGCACCAUCCUCAUCACUGAAGGACCAAGGGUCAACUGAUCCUCAUGACUCUGAUGCAGAAAAAAGUGAAGGUCUUCCACAAGGGGUAGAGAAUCAGGACUCUGAGCUGUUCUUCAGGAAGGUUCUGGGAGUCUCAGAAGGCUCCACCUUGGAGGGUAUGAAGCCCAUCUCUGAGGGUAAUAAGGGAGAAUUCAAUUGUAGCACUCUGCCACAAAGAGCUCUCCUCUCAGGAUCUCUGCCUUCAGCUGGAGUUAUGGAUGCUUUCCCUGGCCUUUCACAGUCACCAUUCUUUGACAUGCGGGAAAAAGGAGGGCUGUUUAGUCCAAAUGGGGGUGAGGAGAGCCCAUGGGCAACUCCUUCCACCCCAGUGACUCCUUCCUCCCCACCAACCCCCACCGAGGCAGAAGGUGAUGGGCUGUCUUACAACCAGCGCAGUCUCCAACGAUGGGAGAAAGACGAGGAGCUGGGAGAGCUGUCAACCAUUUCUCCAGUGCUUUAUGCCAACACCAACUUUCCUACUCUAAAACAGGACUACCCAGACUGGGCAAGUCGCUGUAAGCAAAUCAUGAAGAUUUGGAGAAAAGUGUCAGCAGCUGACAAAGUUCCUUAUCUGCAAAAAGCAAAAGACAACAGAGCAGCUCAGAGGAUCAAUAAGGCACAAAAGCAGGCGGAGAGUCAGGUGUGUAGGCCAGUUAAGACGGAGCCAGUGCGGAUUAAAGGGGAAAGACCCAGUUUACACCUCCAGAUUCCAGCACCUUCUGGAUCUACGUCCAUCUCGUCUCAGCCAAGUUCAGCAGAGAGCCCAUAUCCCUUCCCCCCAGAUUCAGGCUCUUCCUCUGUCUUUUUCUCAGAUGUUAUUGCAAAAAACCCUAGAUCAGCUGAAAUCCAUACAGACCCUUUUGCCAAACUCCCUCCCCAGUCACCUCGUUCUCACUCCCACCCACCAACUCCUUUAACCUAUGCUGGGGCUAGCCCCAUACAGGCCUCCUCCUCAGGUUAUUCUGCUUCCGGCCCACAGGGUCCUCCUCAGGGACGGCCAGCUAGUCUUGGCCCCUUUGACAUGCAACUAGGCACCUCUGGAACCUCCAGACGGGCUCAGCAGGUUGACCCCUACUUCAGAUCCCAGUUACAGCAGCAACAAGGUCAUUUAUCACAAUCUGAGCAAUGUUCUCAAGAGUCCCUUACGCCUCUACAAAGUCCUCAUUCCAGAAGUGCUGGAAGUGGUGGAGAGUCAACCAUGUUCUCACCAUCCCAUAGCAUACAUUAUGGGGACGGUCAAAGAACUCAGCAAGGCAUGGGGCAGACGGAAUACGGCUCAUCCCCUUCACCAUCCACAAUGGCCUCUUCACCUGCAGGCCAAUACAGGGCUGAUAUGAGCGCACCAUCCCCACGCUCCGCUACUGUCGGAAGGCCUGACCUUGCCACUGGCUCUCCUGCUGGGAUGCUGGAGUCUGGUGAUGGAUUUUUUAAGGCACCCAUGAUGCCACGAUUGUACCAAGGGGAAGGCGGUGCACUUCAUCAUGGAGCCUCCCCGAGCCAUCCCUCAGAAAGUUACAGGCAGUCUCCGUCUCACUCUUUCACUGAUGCCCACGCUCAGUCUCCAGGAACUCUCAAGUUGCAGUCAGGUGAUAGUUGUCCUCUUGGAUCCCAGAAAAACCCUCAACAGGAAUUGUGUCCAAGAGUUCCCUCCAGCCCACAAUCCCAGGGCAGCUGUCAGUCUCCCCACACUCCGGGUGGACUCUCCAAUGAUGCAUACUCUGCCCAGUCUCCUCUGACCCCGCGUUUCCAGUCCCCAGAUCACUGUUCCCAGCCACCAUCAAGGCCACAAUCUCGAGACCCUUUCACAACUAUCCACAAACAACCUCGCCCAUCAUCUGCUGCACCAGAUGGAACUACAAGUGUCAAAAGCUCACCUAAUCCACAUCAGCCACCUCCGCCACAUUCCAACAAUAGCUCCAUGGGGGAUCUUGUUACUUGCAAACCCUUAGCACCAUUCAGUGCUGGCACAGGAACGAUUCAGAUACCCCAGCAGCAGGGUCAAAAUACACCAGGUCAGCCACAGCCAACCCAGCAGACUCCUGGUGCGGACAGCUACGGCUCCAGACCUAUUCCUCCUCCUGGAUCUCAGGACCUGGCAGCUGUCCGCCCUCAAGAUGCAUCUCUUCAGACAUCAUCGCCAGGUACUCAAGAAAUGCCUGAUGUGUCAGCAGCUCAAGAUCCAGCACUAGUGGGCCUUAGUCCCUCUGAACUGGAGAAGCACAGACAGCGUCAGAGGUUAAGGGAAUUUCUAAUCAGACAACAAAUGCAGCGGAACACCAUUCGGCAAGAAAAAGAGGCAGCUGCAGCCGCUGCUGGCAAUGUAUCCCCUGCAUGGCCAGGAGGAGAGAGAGGUGCAUUUCAACAAGACAAGACCCACAGAGCACCGCCACCCUAUCCACAGGAUCGUGUUGCUCCUCCAACUGUGGGAACUCAGGCCUCAAUAGGGAAGAUGCCCAUCAAUGCCAGCGGAAUGGGGGACAAACUAAUUAGGCCACCAUCUGCAGGAACCCCUGCCAUCAUGGACCCGAGUACACCAAGGCCACCAGGGCCUCCCAGGCCGCAGGGCAUGUUUCCCCACCCACCUUUCCCUCCCCAGUGGCAGGGGCAAGCUGCAGGACCCAGGAGAUUUCCCCACCCUGGCAUGGAGGCGAUGGCCAUAAAGCACAAUGUCAACUCCGCUGUAAAUGUCCAGAGUAUGGAAGGCAUUCGUAAACCUCACACCAUGAUGCCAUCACAUGGAGGGGAAAACGUCCAAGCAAUAGCCCAAGUACCCCCACCGCAGUUCAUUGAAUUAAGACACAACUCGCAGAGGCUCCCACUUCGACCUCACUUUAUACCUCGUGGACCCCAGUCCAGACAGCGCCUCUUUGUCCCUCAAGAGAUACCAGCACCUUAUGUUCAGCAGCAUCCAAUCGUGUCAGCUGAUGGUAUUCAAUCAGACGGGGGCAUCGACCCGCAGUUGGGGUUACAGCAGAGUGAACUGUCAGCUUUAUUACCUCAACAGCAGCAGCCUCAGGCAGGAGGUUCAACUUCCAACACCUCUGCUUCCGGGCAUCGUCAGCUUUCACAAUCAAGCCUCGUCCCACAACCCCAAACUGCUAUGGUAGAACACAAUGAGGACCUACCGGAGCCUGAUCUUGAAGCCCUCGGGGAUGCCCCCGGGGAUGGCGGUGUGGAAGAUGAGGAUUUAGGUCUCGACUUGGAUCCGGACAAAGGAGAUGAUGAACUGGGAAACCUGGACAACCUGGAAACCAACGACCCACAUUUAGAUGACUUGCUUAAUAGUGAUGAAUUUGACCUUUUGGCUUACACUGACCCUGAACUAGACCAAGGAGACCCCAAGGAUGGCUUUUCGGACCAGCUGCGCUUGGUGGAAGCUGAAAGUGAAACCCCUUCAUCCUCCUCUUGCUCUGCACUUGUCAAAGUGGAAGAGAAAUCCAAGGUGGAAUCUGAGCAGAUGCUGUCAGCUUCUCCUAGCAGGUCUGCUACCCAACUGCAACCCUCCUCUGACACAGUUGGCAACUCCAAGAUAAAAGUAGAACCAGGAAGUCUCACUCCUCAGCUCCAGUCAGUCCAGACUGCUGUAAAAGAUGAGAUGGUAGAGGCUGUAUCUCUGCUUCUUGGGGGACCCGCAUCUUCCUCUAUGCCAUCACAGCAAGAAAACCAGCCAGCUUCCAUCAGCUCUGUUAGACUAGGGGGGCUUUCAUACCCGCUGCAAGGCCAGGAUGAUCCUUUGCCUUUUCCGACAGCUGCUACUCAUGCAGAUAUUAGUGAUGAUCCGCUUGGGUUGCCCGAUGUUGGAGGACAGCACGCCGCUGCCGUCGAUUUAGCAAAGGUAGAGAGCUCAUUGGAUGGUGAGCUGCCUCUCUUAAUACAAGAUCUACUUGAACAUGAGAAGAAGGAGCAGCAGAAGCAGGAACAGCUGAACUCCCUUCACCAGGGAGGCAUGCCACCACAUUUCCCUUGCAUUCCAAAUCAACAGUCAAACCCACAUGUUCUGCCACAACACCACCGUCCACCACCCCAAGCAAUAAUGGCCCAGGCGGGAAUGGUGUCCCGUGCUCAACACAUGCUGCCACAGCAGAGGAUUUUGGAACCAGGAAUGGUGCCACCACCUCACAUGACCAUGCCCCAGCAGCAGCAGGCCGGGGUGAGGAUGGGGCAGCCAGGAAUGCAUGCAGGUCUCAGUCAUCCACAGCAGCAACCUGCGGUCAAACAGUCACCCCUGUCCAAUAAUUUCUUCCCAGACAAAGAUUUGGACAAAUUUGCUACUGAGGACAUAAUGGAUCCUAUUGCCAAGGCAAAGAUGGUGGCACUUAAGGGUAUCAAGAGAGUUUUGGCUCAGGACCCCAUGGUUGUUCCCUCUGGUAUCAGCAGGCAACAGGUUUCUCUGCUUGCUCAGAGGCUGUCAUCUGGUCCGGGCACCGACCCGGGCCAAGUUUCAUCUGGGCCUCCAAAAGAGGGAGAAACCAGUGAUCCCAUCCAGUCAAGACCUAACCCGCCACAGUUUGUGCAAGGGAUCAUCAAUGAUUCCGAACAGCACCAGUAUGAAGAAUGGCUUCUUCACACUCAGCAGUUACUCCAAAUGCAGUUGAAAUUUCUGGAAGAACAAAUUGGAGUUCAUCGAAAGUCACGCAAGGCACUGUGUGCCAAACAGCGCACGGCAAAGAAAGCUGGCAGGGAGUUUGCUGAGGCAGAUGCCGAGAAACUCAAGUUGGUCACGGAGGAACAGAGCAAAAUUCAGAAACAGCUUGACCAGGUACGCAAACAGCAGAAAGAGCACACCAAUCUCAUUGCUGAGUAUAGAAGCAAGCAGCAGCAAGGUUCAGGCCUUCUAGCUCCCGGACAUUCUGCACAGGGGCCCCCGCCUCACAUGUUUCCCCAGUUACCCGGCCAGAUGAUGAUGGGCCAACAGGAAACUCCCGUCAUGGGUCAGCACCCUGGUAUGGUUCUGCAAGGUGGAAUGCCUGUUAGGAUGCCCCAAGGUCAGCCUUUCAUUGGAAGGGCCCAACACCAACUUCCAGGUACAAGGGCCCAAUGUCCUCCUGGUGCUCCCGCAGGAUUCUUCCCACAGGGGCCACCUGGAAUGCAGGGCGCCGACCCCAGGCUUCUCCAAGAAAGACAGCUCCAACAUAGAAUUCGAAUGGCAAAACUCCAGCAGCAGCAGCAGCAGCAGCAAGCGAUUAUGGGCCAGCAGCAGUUGCCACACGUAAAUCAACAAUCUGCCUUAAUAACGCAGCCACAAUCAAGUGUGUUGGGAAACCCACUGAUGUCCCAACAGCAAGCAAAUCUUCAACAGGGGAAAUUAACCAAUCCGAUGAAUCAGCAGAACAUAGCUCAAGGCCCACAGGUAAUGGGUCCGGGUCAGUCUGUGGCUCCACAACCGCAGAACUUUAUUGCAGGCCAGCCCAAUAACCAGGCUCAAGUCAUAACAGCUCAAGCAGGAUUAAUCGCGAAUCAGCCUGUUGCACAACCACUACAAUGCAGGCCUCAAAUGAUGGGUCAGCAGGGAAUGGUUGGAUCUCAAGGUCAUCCUGUCAGGGGUCCUCAGGCCCAGCUGACACAACAACAGCAACAGAAUAUUCUCGCCCAACACAUGCUUGCUUCUCCACAGCAGCAACAACAGCAACCGAUUUUUUCUCAACUGCAGCAGCAGCAGCAGCAGCAGCCAAUUGCACAGCAAAGGCAAGCAGUUCAAGUCAUGAUUCAAUCCAAUCAAGAGCAAGGAAGGCUUUCCCAACCCUCUACACCACAGGUGGGUUCAUCCCCUUCCACAGGCAACAACACUCCUCAGCCGCUGGGAGCCACAGACGGUCAAAUUGUUGCAGCAAAAGAGGGUGACAUUCUCAGCCCUGCUACCAGAACUCCACCACAGCAUAGUGGGCCCUCAACUCCUAAUCAUAUGCAGCAGAUAGGCUCCGCAAAUGAUCAGCAAAAUGAUAUGGGGCAGCAGCAGCAUCAAGACCAGGGUUAUAUGAUGCCGCAGCAACCAUCACUUCCUGAACAACAAAUGGGUUUGGCUGGGAACCAACAAACCGGUGUCAUUAAGCAACAACCGCAACAUCUACCGACUGUUGUACAGGGGCAAGACUCUGGUGUCAUGGUUAAAGAAGAAGGAAAGUCUGCCGUUGAUUUCCUAGCCCAGCAACAACAGCACCAGGCUGUUCAGAAUGUCAUGCAGCAGCCCCAGGAGCCCAGCACCCAGCAGCAGAUGAUGGGACAGAAUCAUCCUGGUCAGCUGCAGUCUGUAAUUAAUCCUCAGCAGCAAGCUCUCAUUGCACAGCAGCAAAAACAGCAGGGCAUGAUGGGAAUGAUUAGAGUUCAACAGCAAGGCAUAAUUGCACAACGGCCUGUGGUUCCAAACGCGCCGAUACGCAACCCUAUUGACAUUCAGGCCAUCAUCGCUCAAAACCCGCAACUACGCAAUCUUCCCCCAAAUCAGCAGAUACAACACAUCCAAGCCAUGAUUGCUCAGAGGCAGCUCCACCAGGGUCAAAUGCUGCGGGCCUCAGUGGGUCAAGCUCAACAGAAUGAGUUGAGGCCCCACAUGCUACUGGGACAGGUGCCACAAGCGGUGAAACAAAUGCUGCGAAUGGAAGGGCAACAGAUGCCGUAUGGACCAAUGGGAAAGCCCGGAACUAUGUGCAUUCAGCAAUCGAGUGGCGCUCCUCAGUUUCAGCAGGGGGUCAUGGUCCCGGGGCAGCCGCACCCACAAACAGGAAAGACCAUGCAUAAUCAACUUAUGAGAGGCCAGUUACAAAUGCCACGAUCUCCCAUGGACCAGAGCCGUUUAAUAAGGCCCGCAUCUCCACGCCAGUCACUACCCACGCACCCUGGUGAUGUCAGACACCCACUGAACCACGCAGUAGGGAUGCGGCAACCCCUUCCCAUUCAGCACCAACAGCAGACACGGAUGGCAGCUCCGACAGGCCACAUGCAGGGAUUCCCUUACAAUGCAUAUUCUCCAAGAGCACCUUUUGGCAUGAGCCCCACCCAGCCUGCCUCCCCACUCCCAACUCAUGUCCCGUCACCUUCUGUUGUUGACAGCAACGCUGGAAGUGCAAGUCCAUACAGUCAUAUCAAGGUGUCUCCACUCAGGUCACCGGGAACCAAGACUCCACUUGACUGUCCAGGACUAAAAAUAGAAUCGCAGACAUCGGCCAGUGAAAUAUGUCCUGCUCCAGCUCCACUUGUUCCAAAUGGUCCACAGACAGGAAUGGGUGUCCAGCAACAGUUACAAGUUGCAGACAGCCGUAGUCCUUACACACAGCAUGGCACUCCAGAAGGGGGUCUGUGCAAGAUGACGCUGCAUAACAUUAAACAGGAGCCAAGGGAAGUUCAGUGUGAUGACACAGGAGAAGCACAUUCUGGUAGUGUAAAGCGAGAAGCAACAGGUGACCUGGUUACUUCAGGAAGCAAUGCUGCAUUUUUAAAUGCAGAUGACAAUGCUGCAGAACCCGAGGCUCAAGGUGCCAGAUCUGAAACUGGACAGCAAUUACUACAGAAACUCUUAAGAACCAAGAACCUUCAGCUUGCUGCCCAGAGGCCUUCUGAAGGUAUCCACAAUGAGAUCAAUGGCCACAUUAACAGCAAACUGGCAAUGCUGGAACAAAAACUCCAAGGGACGCCACGAAAUAUGGAGGAUUUGCAAUCUAUAAGUAAAAGGGCUCCUGCACAAAAGCCCAAGCGUCCAGUUAAAGCACCUGGAGACCGUGGACUUAAUGUACGGAAGAAGAAUAAGAAGGACGACGUUGGGAAAAGUGCUGAAGCCUUGAUAAAGCAACUCAAACAGGGUCUGUCUCUGCUGCCCCUCAUGGAACCUUCCAUCACAGCUAGUCUAGAUCUGUUUGCUCCUUUUGGGAGCAGCCCAGCCAAUGGAAAAGCUCAGCUCAAAGGAUCCUUUGGAAAUGCAAUGUUGGACAAUAUCCCAGACUACUAUUCUCAGUUACUCACCAAGAGCAACCUCAGCAACCCACCCACCCCUCCAUCUUCCCUGCCUCCGACACCGCCACCUUCCGUGCAGCACAAGCUGCUCAAUGGAGUGACGUCUGGGGAGGAACUCUCACAUGCUCAGAAAGAUGCAGGGUCAACAAAUGAGCCAAUAGAAGCGGUUACAGAACAGACAAGAAGUGUGGACAUCCUUGCAGCGCUUCCCACUCCGCCACAUAACCAGAAUGAGGACAUCAGAAUGGAGAGUGACGAUGAGGAUGCUCCAGAAAGCAUCAUCCCAGCAUCAUCCCCUGAGAGCAACGUUGGAGAAGAAACUCCACGUUUCCCUCAUCUGCGAGAGCCAAAGGAAGAGGAGACGGAGAGAGCAAUAUCCCCCAUCAUCCCACUCAUUCCUCGGACUGCUAUUCCAGCUUUCUCUGAGAAUAAGCCCCUGGAAGCGACUGAUAGCAGAGUGGUUUCCCUAUCCAACAACUGGGACAAGGCUAAGAAUAACGAGGUGGCCGUUACCUUCACGUUGUCCUCCAUUGCAGCAAAGAAACUUAACCAUGUGAUGAUGGCAAUGGCUCAAUUGCUGAAGAUAAGGAUGCCAGGUUCGUACGAAGUGACCUUCCCCUCCCAAAACGCUGACAUGCCUGCAGUGGAUGAUCCUGGGAAAGGGCCUGGACAGCCUGGUGCUCUCAGUCUAAAGGACAAUGCCUCAUCUAGCCAAGAUGAAUGGCUAAGGCAGUUUGAUGUUUCUCUGCCAGGCUGCACAUUAAAGAAACAAAUGGAUAUUCUGACACUACUUAAACAGGAAUUUGCAGAUAACGAAGACAAACCAGCCCAGCACUGCUAUACAACCAACGUAAAUGACUUGGAUGUGCGCCACCUUCCCGUUAUUCCAUUGGAGGAAUCGCCACUUCAUUCUCCAACCCCUCCACUUCCUUGCUCCCCACCUCCAGUUUCAACCAAUGAAGCAGAAUCCCCCAAAAAGUCAGCUCCUCCAUCCCGCUCACCUGUCACUCUAUGCACCGUUUCCAUCAAGACGGAGCCUGAACAGGAUGACGGACCUUCUUUGGAGGGGGCUCCAUCGACUGAGUCAGCCGUUAUCGCUGUGGAGACAGCCUCUGACACGGCACCUGACCAAGGAGCUUCUGAUUCCGUUGCUCUGACAGAAGAUUGCACAAAUACCAUUUGCAAGAAGGAAGAAUCGGUCAAUGAUCCUCCCAUCAAAGAUUCUCCCAGCCCGCUGGAAUCCUCCCCUAAAGCCCUGAAGCAGCGCAGACCUCUCUCCCCGGAGGAGGAGAUCCUGCUGCCCAAAGUGAAAAAAUGGAAGGGGAUUCGCUGGAAGCGUCUGCAGAUUGUCAUCUCCAUACGUAAAGGUGGCUCUAAAAAGGAGAGCAGCCGUGAGGUCUCUGAGCUGAUGGAGCGCCUUUGCAUAACAUUGCGACCGGACAAGCUGCCACGCGAUAAACGCAAAUGCUGCUUCUGUCAUGAGGAGGGCGAUGGAGCUACAGACGGACCUGGACGCCUGCUUAACAUUGACGUGGACCUGUGGGUGCACCUCAACUGUGCCCUCUGGUCCACAGAAGUAUAUGAGACCCAGGGGGGCGCGCUCAUGAAUGUGGAGGUGGCACUGCGGCGUGGAUUGCGGACCCUGUGUGCGUUCUGUCAGAAAACCGGUGCGACCAACAGCUGCAACCGACUGCGCUGCCCGAACGUCUACCACUUUGCGUGCGCCAUCCGUGCCAGAUGCAUGUUCUUCAAGGACAAGACCAUGCUGUGCACCCAGCACAAGCUGAAGGGCCCCAGCGAAGACGAGCUCAUCUCUUUUGCCGUUUUACGCCGCGUCUACAUCGAGCGCGACGAAGUCAAGCAAAUAGCAAGCAUCUUGCAGCGCGGGGAUCGCAUCCACCUUUUCCGCGUCGGCGGGCUCAUCUUUCACGCAGUCGGUCAGCUGUUACCCUCCCAAAUGGCCAACUUCCACUCGUGCACGGCCAUCUUCCCUGUUGGCUACGAGGCCACGCGCAUCUAUUGGAGCACACGAGUUCCCAACAAGCGCUGUCGCUACCGAUGCCGCAUCGGCGAGGAUGACGGCCAGCCCUUAUUUGAAGUGCGUGUCCUCGAGCAGGGCAUGGAGGAUUUGCACUAUCGUGACACAACCCCUCAAGGAAUCUGGGAGCAGGUGGUUCACAACGUGGCCAAACUCCGGGAUGAUUCAUCCAUGUUGAAGCUGUUCACCGAACAUGUCAAAGGAGAGGAGAUGUAUGGCCUCACGGUGCACGCCGUCAUGCGCAUCACCGAAUCGUUACCUGGAGUGGAAAAUUGCCAGAACUACCAAUUCCGGUACGGCCGUCACCCGCUGAUGGAGCUCCCCCUCAUGAUCAAUCCCAGCGGCAGUGCUCGCUCGGAGCCCAAAGUCCCAACACAAUGCAAGCGGCCUCACACCCUGAACAGCACCAGCGUGUCCAAGGCUUAUCAGAGCACCUUCACGGGCGAGAUGAACACGCCGUACAGCAAGCAGUUCGUCCACUCCAAGUCGUCCCAGUAUCGGCGCCUGAAGACGGAGUGGAAGAACAACGUGUACCUCGCCCGCUCUCGCAUUCAGGGCUUGGGUCUGUAUGCCGCGAAAGAUCUGGAGAAGCACACCAUGGUCAUCGAGUACAUCGGAACCGUCAUUCGCAACGAGGUGGCAAACCGCCGUGAAAAGAUCUACGAGUCACAAAACCGCGGCAUCUAUAUGUUCCGCAUCAACAACGAGCAGGUGAUUGAUGCCACGCUGACUGGUGGUCCAGCUCGCUACGUGAACCACUCCUGCGCCCCCAACUGCGUUGCAGAGGUUGUCACGUUUGACAAAGAGGACAAGAUCAUCAUCAUCUCCAGCCGCAGGAUCCCCAAAGGAGAGGAGCUGACGUACGACUACCAGUUUGACUUUGAGGAUGACCAACACAAGAUUCCCUGCCACUGCGGAGCGUGGAAUUGCCGGAAGUGGAUGAACUAAUAAAUAAGGAUGGAAAAAACGGAGCGGGUGCCAGAAAGCCUUUCCGCGCCAAAGCCUUUUUUUUUUUUUCUUGAACUUGACUUAGCCAGUGCAUAAGCUGUUCCCAUAAGCUGUUGGCAUUCGGAAGUGGAGGAAGGCUGGCUUCCGUAGUCGGAUGACUCCAAGCAACAGUGGACGCGUGUAGCCAAAGUUUGACGAGCAUUCAUCACCACAAUCAAACACCACCACCCAAUACUGCAGCUUGAUGGACGCUUUUUUCCCCCGGGAGGGGGCACUUUUCAAUCACCCGUUUCCUCAGCCAAAAUACCCCCCCCCCCCUUCCACCCCAGUCAAUCUGAAUCACUCUUUCUUCACUCCACUCCUGUCGACAACCACGUGGUCCUCACCCCCACAUGGAGCUGCAGCAAAAAGCCAUUUUCCAAAUACUAACAAUGAACUACAAAGUAUUUUUUUGUUGUAAGUCGGACCUACUUCCUUCCUGUGUCACCUCUGACCACACCCCCUCGAUAAAAGGCACUUUCCCCCAUCGCACCAUCAGUGAAGACAACAGAAUAUUGGCUAGCUAGACAAUCUUAACAUGAGGAAGAACUUCAUGCCAUGGAUGGAUGGAUGAAGACAACUCCAGAGGCGCCCGAGGCUCUGGACUGUGGAGUCGGGAGGUUUGUUGGACCCGGUCUACCUCGUUGAUUUAGUGGGAAGUGACUGCUUUGUAUAAAAACAUUUUUAAAAAACUACUACUGUGGAAUUUUAGGGGCGGGGCGGGGCGGGGCGGGGUGGGGCCUUCUCGGACAAGCAGGGAAUCUCAAGCAGCAGGUUUGCUCUAUCGACUCUAUGCUGAUGAUCAUUUACAAUAAGGAACCAAGCUGAUUAUUAUUAUUAUUAUUAUUAUGAUGAAUCCUAACUUAUUUAUACAGAGGAAAUAUACGAUGAGCAUUUUUGACAAGAUAUUGCAUUAAAUGAACAAAAAGACAGCCGGACGCUCGGCAUCACAUCCCGCGUACCGCCACGCCAUCCCGGACAGCCAAGCAGCUUCAGGCCUUUUUCCCGCUUCUUCACUUGGCUCCAUCCGCUCCUUUUGGUUGCUCCCAUCAAACCGCAAGCACGUCGAGGUGGACGCAUGACUACUAAGGACUUUUUAACCUCUUCCUCCGGCUCAUUUGGGCCACUUUUGUAUCCAAACCAAUCAUUUACUGUAGUAGGUCUUCCUGUUGCCUGAGUCCAGCCUGCAGUCAUUCGACUUCCCGUGUAGUGUGUGCGUGUGCGCGUGCGUGCGUGCGUGCUUUUUUUAGUGCUGGUACUGUCCUCCAGGCUGAACUGAUGGCAGAGAAUGACUUAUUGGAUAAAAGGGCAUUUGUUUUCACUUCUACCUGAGAGUUUAGAAAAUAGGGGGCGGGGGAGUCUUUAAGGGAGCUUUACUAAAAAACAAAAAAAAACUAAAAAAAAACCUUCUCAUAUGACUAUAUUCCUCCUUCCCCCCUCAAAAAACCUAAGACCUCACAGGAUUUUUUGGAUUAAAAAAAAUGCAAAGUUGUACAAAAUGUAUAUAACGGUAUAUGCAUUAAGGGGACAGCCAGUCUGUACCCAGACCCCCUUUGUAAUCCAAAGUGUAGAGAAAUAAAAUGGAGAGAGAAAAACAACCACUGGAUAUCAUUUUAACAAAGCUGUAUAUAAAUAUGAAUAUAUGUAAAAUGGCAAACUAAUAUCUUUAUGUAUAUGAACCAGAGUGUUUUUUGCAUUAACCUGUUUUUUCUAUUAGUGUUUUUGCUAUAUGCUCUCAGAGACACGUUUGUUGAAAUAAUAAUAAAAACAAGUAACGAGAAGCCAAGGUGAUUUCAAAAGAGGAUUUGUGUGACGACUGCUUCAUUAUUAGACAUGCAAAUGGCCGCAGUAGUACUGCGUUUGUAUUUAUGUAAUAUGGUUCCUGGUUUUUAUUGGGGGAGGGGGGAGGGCCUGGUUUUAAUUUAUGCUACUGCUUGUUGGUUACCAAAUCAUGUCCUGAGCUCUGUUGCUUCCAAUUGGAUGAAUAUACUCUUGAAUGGAACAAUUCCUACAAUCUUAUUCUUCGUGUUAUGCUUCUUUUUUUUUUUUUUUGGUAUUUUCCCUAUAGAAGUGAAUGUGUUGGUAAACCUUGUGAAAUGGUUACUUGGGCUCAUGUAUGUGAUAAUCCAAAAUCAACCCUAUACUUAACCUGGUAAUGAAUUGCACUCUCAUAAAUAUAUAGAAAUAUAUAUGUAGUUAUGUGUAUCCCGAGCAGUGAUUCUACAUAUUUUGAAGUUGUUGGUAUGAUUCUAUAUUUCAAGAGAAGACCAUCAUGAGACACCCCUUGCUUGAUUUUAACCUAAGGAUCUUUUUGGGAAAUCAAAUCUUAAUUUAAGUUCAUAUCUUCUGACUUAAUAAUAAAAAGUUUGUUCGAAUUGAAGUUUUUUUUUUGUUUGUUUUUAACCCUACCUACUUUUUCAAACAAAACAAGUCUGUACAGCAGAAUACUUUUAGGGACUAUGAAUAAAUAUAUUGAUUUUUAUUGAAUGUGGCAUGUUUUGUAUGGGUAUUAUUUGAAGUUGUACAUAUUUUUCAGGAAGCUAGAGGUUGCAUUUCUUUAUAUACAAUAUUACAGCUUCCCCCACUCCCUCCUCUUGUCCCCCUCUCAUCUUAUUUGUCUGCUUUUGUUUCUUGUAAACAAAAAUAA